AUGAUCUUAUUUCAAAUCCUGAUUUCAUUGCGUAAUUCAUCAAUAGAGCAAGUGGAGCUAAAGGAUAGCAAAAUGAUUGAAAAUGAUAAUAGUAGUUAUGGUAGUAAAUUCGAGAAAUCAAAAAAACCAAAAGAUGUCGUGAGAGCCUACAAACCACUGUUUCAACUCUUCGAUGACUACGACGUCCUUAUAUCACCAUAA